CCUAGCUUCACACACUUUUUAUCUUCUUUUUUUUCAAAUCUCUUUCCAAAUGCCCCAACCAAACACAGGGUUAGGAAAGAAUGGUUAUUUAUCUUUCACUGAUCCAAAUUUAUAUUUACCAGUACACUGUAUGGAGGAUGAUUUAUGGGGAAAAUACAAUUCAGUGUAGGUUUUGAAAAAAAAAUUACACAUAAAUGGUAAACUUUAUAAAUAUUAAUAAUUAAAAUUCUAAAUUUUUUCAUGUAUUUGUAAAUAUUUUUUCAAAAAACCCACUUAAUUGUAAUUCUCCCAUGAUUUAUUGCUAAAGGUGAACCAAUUUGAGAUGAGAGUGUUGAUGCUAUUCAGAGAAAAGACUACGAGAAUUAGAAUUAGGGCAGGAGGAGAUUUUCCAAUGACCAAGUGGGUGGAGAAAAAGUAGACAAGUUUGGAGAUGCAUUUGUUAAAUUGAUCAUUGAUUUGCUGGAGCUAGUAAGUUGGAGGGCAACCUUUAUCGGGGACAGAUUGUAAAACAUAUUUUUGAUAAAUUUAUUGUGUUUUGGAAUAGAAGUGUCCCAUGUUUGCAAAAUGAACAUCAUGGGGGUACUAUCUUCUCUUAGUGAUCUUGCAUUGAACUUGAACAUGAUUCUUGGAUUAUGAGACCAAUUUUUAAUUCUGAAAUUUAUCUAGAUGGAAUGGAAUAUGAACAGAGGGCCAUUAGUUUAAUAACCUUGGGGUUGUGGGUUUGAAUUAGAGGGCAAUCACUUUGUACAUAAUUGUACAGGUUUGUUUCCAGCAUUGUGGGGUUUGAUAAUGGUUGAUCACACACUUGGCUUUGGAAAUUUUUCUCAUCCCUUUUCUGUUUUCUUUUGUGGUUGAAAACCUGUAAUGCCUAUUAGCCACUGAACUCGGUAACAUAAUUUCCUUCUAAACCUUUCCUACAAGCUGUCCUGUAGAUUAACUGCUUUCUUGAAGGAAAUAAUCUCCCUUGAAUCUUAACGUUUCAUACAAGAUUAUGUAUUGCUGGAAAUCCAACUUGAGAAGUUCAACUUUCAUUUUCUACGAACUCUCUUGUAAACCUUAUGCAUGAGAGAGAAAAAUGUAUUUUUCAUUUUCCUUUCUCUUCGCUUUUCUCAUGCACCACUUUACUGUUUAAUGUGCCUGACAACCAAGUAGAGCCUCUCGCUGGCAACUUUUGAUAAUAACAUACCAACUAUAUUUAAACCAUUUUCGUCAUCCUCCUUACUAACCAAAAACCCAGCCCAUCAGUCCUUGAUGUUCCCCUUUUUUGGUGAUUGUUAAUAUCUCUAUCAUUCUUUCUUGCUUUCCUCGCUUGUCUUAAUUUUUUUUGAAUAAUUGUGUGCUCCCCCUUCAACUAUUUUUCUGUGAGAUGCAGUGAAUCAUGUGAACAGAUGGUUUAAUAUUGAAGGGAGUAUUAUAUAAACCUGAUUUAAGGAUUACAUGGGCUUCAUUUGUCUGACUUGGAUCUGUUGAGCCACCUAUUGCCUAAUUUUCUUCAAAAAGGUAGCAGAAACCACUUGUUAGUUGCAUGGAUUAUGAUGCCAUUAAAGAGGCAUUAAAUUUUUUUCCUGAUGUAAUUAGUAGACACAUAUGGGUUAAUGAAGCAUGACAUUUUUGUUUUGUUUUUUGUUGUUUUUUCCUCUGUUUUUUGUUUGUUUUUCUUUUUUUGUCCAUAAUUUUACACUGCAGCCUAUUUGCAUGAUGUGUGACUUGCAUCUAGCUCUGUUUAUCCAUGUAUGAGGUUCUGGUUUCUUUUCUAUUUUACUCUUACAGAAAAAUGAUAGUUUAAUUUUUUUUCCUUUCAAAAUUAUUAUUUGUUUUCUUGACUUCUUUACUUGAUUUACUUUCUUAACUUGAAAUUCAUUCGUUUGGUUGAUCUUGUGUCAUACACUCCAGAAGGAACUUGAAACUUAUGACCGUGUCCUUUAUGAGAUGGUGGCUAGCAGGGAGAGUUUAGAAGGCAGGCGAUACCAUGGUGCCACAAAAAAGUUAAAAGCUUCCCGCUCGUGGGGGUUUAAUAUUCUUGGAUGCAUUCAGCGCUAGAUGGCUAGACUUCUUACGCUUGAUUUUCAAUUAGACUGUCUUGACUACCAGGCUGAGCAUUGGUACCAUGCAGAUCUGGAUUAUGAAACCUUCAAACUACUUCAGCAUGAAAAAGGUGAAAGCUUCUUUACCUUUGCAAGAGAUAUGACUCUUAGAUCAACAAAAGCCAUGGUGCGGCCUACUUCCAUUCCAGAAGAGCUUGGUCUUUGGAGAUCCAAGCUUCUUUGGGCUUCUCGUGUGCUACCUAUGCCUCUUGUUGGCCUUGUCAUUAUUGGAAGUGUUUGUGCUGAUGUGGGAAGUCCAAGAUCUGAAUAUCCAGAAUUAGAAGCCUUGUCCAGGCUGGAAUUUGGGGCUGCUAUGAAGGUCUUCCUGGCAAAGAGACUAACAUCUGAGAGGGCAUGACUCCGCUAAAUCAUCUCUCUCAAGGCCUGGGGAGUGAGAAAUUGUGGGAACUUCUUCACUGGCACCUUGAAGAGCAGAGAAAACGUAAAGCUAUCGAUGCUUGCAGUGAGACAAAGGCUAAGAUGGAUGAACUUGAAGAUGCUUUAUCAAAUGUUGUGGGUCUGCAUGAGCUUAAGUUACAACUUAGGAAAUGGGCAAAGGGGAUGCUUUCGGAUGAGAGACGAAGGGCUCUUGGGCUAAGAGUCGGCCCUAGAAGACCUCCUCAUAUGGCCUUCCUUGGCAAUCCUGGAACAGGUAAAACUAUGGUAGCUCGGAUCCUUGGAAGAUUACUCUACAUGGUAGGAAUUUUACCAACCGACAAGGUAACUGAAGUACAAAGAACAGAUUUGGUUGGUGAAUUUGUUGGUCAUACAGGACCAAAGACUCGGAGAAAGAUCAAAGAAGCAGAGGGAGGAAUUUUAUUUGUGGAUGAAGCGUAUCGACUAAUACCAAUGCAGAAGACAGAUGAUAAAGACUAUGGGCUCGAAGCCUUAGAAGAGAUCAUGUCUGUGAUGGACAGUGGAAAAGUUGUUGUCAUCUUUGCUGGCUACAGUGAACCGAUGAAGCGUGUGAUUUCAUCUAACGAAGGGUUCUCCAGAAGGGUGACAAAGUUUUUUCAUUUUGAUGACUUUAGUUCGAUAGAUUUAGCCAAUAUCCUUCAUAUGAAUAUCAACAAUCAAGCGGAAGACAGCUUAUUGUAUGGAUUUAAGUUGCAUCGUUCGUGUACUGCCAAUGCUGUUGCAUCGCUGAUAGAGAGAGAAACUGGUGAAAAGCAGCGGAAGGAGAUGAAUGGCGGUUUGGUGGAUCCGAUGCUAGUUAAUGCUCGAGAAAAUUUGGACUUGAGGCUCAAAUUUGACUGUGUAGAUGUUGAUGAACUUGUUACAAUCACACUAGAGGAUUUAGAAGUUGGCAUCCGAUUAUUAUCACAAUGAGACAUGAUUAGGUGAUGACUCUGAAAGGGGGGCGAUCCAGGUUCAAUAAUUGGCCAGAUUCUUUUGUUGUAUAUUUUUCCUUUUUGUAAUUGAUAGGCUAUGAUAGUCAUUGAUGCCCAUUUGAAAUGUUUGGUGGGUAUUUGAAAAUUCUUUGUUUGUUUGUUUGUUUGUUUUCUUUUUUUUUUUGAAGGCUUUGAUUGUCAUAGCUAGCAAUAUGUUCAAGAAGAGUUUGGUUUGUUGUUGAUAGAGAUAUGAAGCAAUUCUUUGAAUUUUGUUUAUUCUUUUCAUGUAUAAUUGUUGAGUUCAAUAACAAGCAAACAUAUCUCUCAUUUUUCA